CAACGAUAUCAUGACAUUGAUAUCAUAUUAUUUCUUAUUUGAACAGGUUUUACAACUGCUGUGAUGGUGUUUUUAACAUAUUGUCAAUACGCGACAACGUGCAAGUGUAAAAGGUUUCCAAAGAAAUAUGAACUUGAGUUAAGGAAGCCAUGCAAAACGAAACCACCAAAGGAAUAUUCUAACAAUUUAAAUUACAAUACAACGAUUGCUGAUAAAAUAGUUGACAGUCUUAUACUUAACACUGAAAAGCUACUUAAAAAAUACAAGAAACGUCCAGUAACCGCGGUCAAAAACAAAGAUCGUUCUUCUAGUCAAUUAAAACUUCCAGUAUUUAAAACGGGGAAAAAAAUUCAAAAGAAUGUUGCAGAAAGCCUGAAAGUUUUCUAUUACAGCCUUACGUCGAUGGGCUUAAAGGAAGCUAAGUUAAAAAAUCUGAAACAAAUUGAUGUUGGAGACAUAAGAGCAAUGAAAAAUGAUAUUCUUUUUGGAUUAUGUCUAUUAUCGUCAAAAGUAAAAAUAUCAAAAAAGAAAUCCUGGUUAACUACAUGGAAGAAACUAUCUGAAUAUCAGGCAGAUUCAAUAAAGAACCUCCGAAGCCUAAAAGUUUUUCUCCAUCAGGUUAAACUACACAGUAAAAGCGUGUGGUAAAUCACGAAUAGGGCAUACUUCCAAAUGAUCUCAAUAUUGCAUUUUGAUAUAUUUACGGAUGUUUUGGAAUAAAAGUUGUGACAUCAUCGUUUGUGUCUUAAGUGUCGAACAAUUGUGUGUAAAUGUUUUUAUAUGUAAUAGCAAGAAAAAGUACAGUGAAAUAGUCGUCGUGCAAUACUCACAGUAUUUUUAAGUCAUAUCUAUUAUGUUGGCAUAUAUUAUA